GGGCGCUCAAGCGGUUACAAUCUGCGGACAAUAUUCAUCUUCUAUCCGGAGCAAGUGCGAAUAAUUGAAGGAUCUAUCAAAAAGUGGCAAUUAAAAGUGCCGCUCCACCAUGGAGCGAGAUGAGGCGUCCACCUCGACCAGCGAGGACAAGUCCCAGGAGGAGGCGCCCACGGCGGAGGGCUUGGAGCCCACGGAGCCCAUUGCUUUCCUGAAACUUUUCCGAUUCUCCACCUACGGGGAGAUCGGCUGGCUGUUCUUCGGCUUCAUAAUGUGCUGCAUCAAGGCGAUGACCCUUCCUGCCGUGGUCAUUAUCUACAGUGAGUUCACGUCCAUGUUGGUGGACCGUGCCAUGCAGUUUGGCACCAGCUCAAAUGUCCAUGCCCUGCCACUUUUCGGAGGUGGUAAAACACUAACAAAUGCCUCUCGGGAGGAAAACAACGAAGCCUUAUACGAUGAUUCCAUUUCGUAUGGCAUACUCCUGACCAUUGCAUCCGUAGUGAUGUUCAUCUCAGGGGUUUUCUCCGUGGAUGUCUUCAAUAUGGUGGCGCUGCGUCAGGUCACAAGGAUGCGAAUAAAACUGUUUUCAUCCGUGAUUCGACAGGACAUCGGCUGGCACGAUCUGGCCAGCAAGCAGAACUUCUCCCAGAGCAUGGUGGACGACGUGGAAAAGAUUCGAGAUGGCAUCUCGGAGAAAGUUGGUCACUUUGUAUACCUUGUUGUUGGAUUUAUCAUAACUGUGGCCAUUUCAUUUAGCUACGGCUGGAAACUCACCUUAGCUGUGAGCUCUUAUAUACCUCUGGUGAUCUUAUUAAAUUACUACGUAGCUAAGUUCCAAGGCAAACUGACUGCCCGAGAACAGGAAUCCUAUGCGGGAGCUGGUAAUUUGGCAGAGGAAAUUCUGAGCUCCAUACGCACUGUGGUCUCCUUUGGUGGAGAAAAAUCCGAGGUGCAGCGCUAUGAGAAUUUCUUGGUCCCAGCACGAAAGGCAAGUCAAUGGAAAGGAGCCUUCUCGGGGCUCAGUGAUGCAGUUUUGAAGUCCAUGUUGUAUCUGUCCUGCGCCGGAGCCUUUUGGUAUGGUGUCAAUCUCAUUAUCGAUGAUCGAAAUGUGGAAAACAAGGAGUAUACACCUGCUAUUCUGAUGAUUGCCUUCUUUGGUAUCAUUGUGGGUGCGGACAACAUAGCCAGAACGGCUCCUUUCCUGGAGUCUUUUGCCACCGCGCGCGGCUGUGCCACUAACCUCUUCAAGGUCAUCGAUCUGACAUCCAAGAUCGAUCCCCUGUCCACAGAUGGCAAACUUUUGAACUACGGCCUACGUGGUGAUGUGGAGUUCCAGGAUGUCUUCUUUCGAUAUCCCUCUCGUCCGGAGGUUAUUGUACACAGGGGACUAAACAUUAGGAUCAGAGCUGGUCAAACAGUGGCCUUGGUUGGUUCUUCUGGCUGUGGAAAGUCCACGUGUGUCCAAUUGCUUCAGAGAUUCUACGAUCCUGUCUUUGGAUCAGUUCUUUUGGAUGAUUUGGACAUAAGAAAGUACAAUAUCCAAUGGUUGAGGUCGAAUAUUGCUGUAGUGGGACAGGAACCAGUGCUGUUUUUGGGCACAAUAGCACAAAACAUUAGCUAUGGUAAGCCAGGAGCCACACAAAAAGAGAUCGAAGCAGCUGCCACUCAGGCGGGAGCACAUGAAUUCAUUACCAAUCUGCCAGAGAGCUAUCGCAGUAUGAUUGGAGAGCGGGGAUCCCAGCUUUCCGGAGGUCAGAAACAACGCAUAGCCAUCGCUCGAGCACUAAUCCAGAAUCCAAAGAUCCUGCUGCUGGAUGAAGCCACCUCAGCACUGGAUUACCAAUCCGAGAAACAGGUUCAACAGGCUUUGGACUUGGCCAGUAAAGGUCGUACAACCAUUGUGGUCUCUCACCGAUUGUCAGCUAUUCGGGGUGCAGAUAAAAUUGUCUUUAUUCAUGAUGGCAAGGUCUUGGAGGAGGGUUCCCAUGAUGAUUUAAUGGCGCUGGAGGGUGCAUACUACAACAUGGUUCGUGCCGGCGAUAUCAACAUGCCCGAUGAGGUAGAAAAAGAGGAAAGCAUUGAGGACACCAAACGAAAGAGCCUGUCUCUGUUUGAUAAAUCCUUUGAGACGAGUCCAUUAAACUUCGAGAAAGGUCAGAAGAACAGUGUCCAGUUUGAGGAACCUAUAAUAAAGGCACUCAUCAAGGAUACAAAUGCUCAGUCAGCUGAAGCUCCGCCCGAGAAACCGAACUUCUUCCGCACUUUCUCUAGGAUCCUUCAGCUUGCGAAGCCAGAGUGGUGCUACCUGAUUCUUGGAACCAUAAGUGCUGUAGCAGUGGGAUUUUUGUAUCCAGCUUUCGCAGUGAUCUUUGGAGAAUUCUAUGCAGCUUUGGCCGAAAAGGAUCCGGAGGACGCACUGCGUCGUACAGCUGUUCUUUCCUGGGCCUGCUUGGGCCUGGCAUUCUUGACCGGAUUGGUUUGCUUCCUUCAGACUUAUUUGUUUAACUACGCGGGCAUUUGGCUUACCACCAGGAUGCGAGCCAUGACCUUCAAUGCGAUGGUGAGUCAGGAAGUUGGAUGGUUCGACGACGAGAAUAACUCGGUGGGAGCUCUAUCUGCUCGCCUAUCCGGUGAGGCAGUUGGUAUCCAAGGAGCCAUAGGAUAUCCCUUGAGUGGCAUGAUCCAGGCGUUGUCCAACUUCAUUUCAAGUGUCAGCGUAGCCAUGUACUACAACUGGAAGUUGGCCCUUUUAUGUUUGGCCAAUUGUCCCAUUAUAGUGGGUUCUGUAAUCUUGGAAGCCAAGAUGAUGUCUAAUGCUGUAGUGAGGGAAAAGCAGGUGAUUGAGGAAGCCUGUCGCAUUGCCACCGAAUCCAUAACCAACAUACGCACUGUUGCCGGCCUGCGAAGGGAGGCGGAUGUUAUCCGGGAGUACACGGAGGAGAUCCAGCGGGUCGAGGUGCUCAUCCGCCAGAAGCUUAGAUGGCGAGGAGUCCUCAACUCCACCAUGCAGGCAUCAGCUUUCUUCGCAUAUGCAGUGGCUCUUUGUUACGGAGGUGUCUUGGUAUCCAAGGGUCAGCUGCCAUUCCAAGAUAUUAUCAAGGUAUCGGAAACAUUACUGUAUGGAUCCAUGAUGCUCGCUCAAUCUCUGGCCUUUACGCCUGCCUUUUCCGCCGCUCUGAUCGCGGGUCAUCGCCUAUUCCAAAUACUGGAUCGCAAACCAAAGAUUCAGUCACCAAUGGGCACCAUUAAAAAUACUCUUGCCAAGCAAUUGAAUCUUUUCGAGGGUGUGCGCUAUCGCGGUAUUCAAUUCCGAUACCCAACACGACCUGAUGCAAAGAUUCUCAAUGGUUUGGAUCUUGAGGUGCUCAAGGGUCAAACGGUGGCCUUGGUGGGUCAUUCCGGGUGUGGAAAAUCCACUUGCGUACAGCUACUUCAGCGCUACUAUGAUCCCGAUGAAGGCACUAUUCACAUAGAUCACGAUGAUAUCCAGCAUGAUCUGACCCUCGAUGGAGUAAGGACCAAAUUGGGCAUAGUCUCUCAAGAACCCACUCUUUUCGAGCGCUCUAUAGCGGAGAAUAUAGCCUAUGGCGACAACCGGCGAUCGGUUUCCAUGGUGGAGAUUAUUGCGGCAGCCAAAAGUGCCAAUGCCCAUAGUUUUAUCAUUUCCCUACCCAAUGGCUAUGAUACUCGGAUGGGAGCCAGAGGUACUCAGCUAUCUGGUGGACAGAAGCAGCGAAUCGCCAUUGCCAGGGCGCUGGUGAGGAAUCCCAAGAUCCUGCUACUCGACGAAGCCACCUCAGCUUUGGACUUGCAAAGCGAACAGUUGGUCCAACAGGCCCUGGAUACCGCCUGCUCGGGACGAACCUGUAUUGUCAUAGCCCAUCGAUUGUCAACUGUCCAGAAUGCCGAUGUGAUCUGUGUGAUCCAAAAUGGCCAGGUGGUGGAGCAGGGCAACCACAUGCAGUUGAUUUCACAGGGCGGCAUUUAUGCCAAGCUACACAAGACCCAAAAGGAUCAUUGAAUAUUAUCUAAACAUUUAUAUAAAUCUCACCAAAAGCCAAAAUACACUUGCCACCAAAAACUAAAUAAACUUUUACACAACUUUUUAUCCAUUAAA